AUGGUAGAGUAUGGUAUAGUUUGGUAAGGUGAGUAUGGCGCAGGACAUCGUAUGGUAUAUUAUAUAGGAUGGUUAUGGUAUAGUUGGGUAGGAUAAAAGAAGCAAGGACAAGGUUGGGUAGGGCUACAAAGAUUAGUCUUAGGGUCAGGUAGGGCUAAAAAGUCAAGGGUAGAGCCAGGUAAGGCUAUAAAGGUUAGAGGUAAGGUCGGGUAGAUACCCUAAAAUCUUCGCCAACUUCAUAAAAUCUCCGCCGACUCUUCGCCGAAUACCUUAAAGUCUCCGCCGACCCUCCACCGAAUACCCUAAAGCCUCCGCCGAAUCCCUUAAAGUCUCCGCCGAAUCCCCUAAAGCUUCCGCUAAAUCUCCUAAAGCCUCCGCCAAGUUCAAUUUAGUCAACUUUUGCCAAGAUACUAUGACUUACCAUCGUAUAUAUAUGUAGUAAAAUCAUACUUGUAAAGUCACUUACAUAGUAAUGUUUCCAAAAUUAUGUAGAACUAUUAUAUUUUACAAGUAUUUAAUAUUGUUUUGCCAAUACCAUCAUUUACUAUGGUAUAUACAUAUAUGUUGAGGUAAAUACAACUUUACUGUGGUAUUUAACACUUAACAUUGCAAUUUACUACGAUAUUAUUAAGAUUAUAUAGCCCGGACAUACUAUAAGGCAAAUCGGCCCAGUUGGUAUCGGCCGAGUUGGAACCGGCCCAGUUGUCCGAUCGGCCCAGUUAUCCGUGCGCCAAAAUUAUUGUCACCAUCUAAUGUUACCUAUUUCAGGAACAUUUUCCAAGAAAUCAAACAAACCGAGAACAAAUGGCAAGAAAAGCUCCGCCGACUCGAAGCAAUCGAAGCUCGUGGCUCAAUAUCCGAUAUUAAAAUUCCAAAGCUUUCGAACAUCUCUCAAGCUCAAACCCCAGCUCAAUCGAGAAGAGGAUCGUUACAAGGAGCAACUCCAGAAUUGAAACGACAUCGUUCCGUGGACGAUGUCUCUAUACCAAUCGGAGGAUAUGAGAGUAGUGAUGACGAGGAUUACAUUACCGCGAAUUCGAGGAAAGGCAGCAAGCAAUCGGCUCAUCGAAGGGGCUCUAGGGCUCCAAGUUAG